UUAUUCUCUAUGAUCAAUCCUCGAUGUACAUAAGACGCUUUUGAUCAAUAAUACACAACCAAGAGAGUACUAAUUAUAAGUAGCAUGAUGUUCAUUUAGCUGGUUAUCCUACCAUCUUAUUUCGAUAUUCAGUCGAAAUGGAAGAGGUGAUGUCGAAGUCCGGUUUGAACAUGACUCUAAGCUACUUUUCGGGUUUUCGAGGCCCCCUCGAUAUCAGAUUCAAGGAAAAGUGGUACUCCGCACUUUACCGUUUAUUCAGCUUCUAUACAGAUUUCUUAAUAAUAGCCAACACUAUAACAAUAGGAGUACAUUUUUUGAGUCCGUCGACGCCACUCGCGGAACGCUGCGCUUGCGGCUUUCCAAUGCUGACCUCAUUACAUUCUAGCUUGAGAACGUUCUAUUUCACUUUCAACAGGCCGAGAUUUGCCAAGCUUAUGACCGAUUAUGAGAAGGCGUUCAAAGGGGAUCCAACAGAAGAGAGGUUGAACGCCGAAAUCAAGUCCGGGGCCGAUCUGUUCCGACCUUUCCCGAGGAUCUUACUCACUUUCAUGGUAGCACCGAUGAUCCCUUGGUGCUUCAUCCCCCUCGUGAGCGAAUUUCUCGGACUUCCGAGAGUACUGACAAUCCCCGCCUGGUUUCCUAUGGAUCUGACUCAACGGACCUUCUUCUCCACAUUUUCCUUUGCUGUGGCUACUAUGAUCCAGACACUCGGGGCGACUUGGGUGCCGAUGAGGGUCAUCGCAUUCGACGAUGUAUUUUACUGCUAUGCAACGAGACAGCUCGCCUUGUUCCGCCACCUUAGUCGCAACUUCGAAGAGAUUUUCGAAUCGUCUCACGUCUCACCACAAGGAUUCGUCACUUAUACAUUUUCAUCUGGAAGGGUAGCAACUAAAGAGGAAGUCAAAAAGGAGGUGUCGAGAAAGCUUAGACAAUGGAUCAUUUAUCAUCAAAAAACCAUAAAAUUGAUGAAAGAACUUCAGAGCCUAUAUUCACCCGCGCUUUUUGUUCAGUUUGGUCUUUUAUGCCUUAUUUUGUGUUUCAACGCAUUUUACGUCGCACUGGCGGACGUCGGGUUGAUCCAGGUAAUUUUUUGCGCAUUCUUCGUCCUCGGAAACGCCAUGGAACUACUGGUAACAUGCCGGAUCGGGGACUACAUUGUUAUACAGAGCAACAAAUUAACGGAUGGGAUCGCUGGCAAAGAUUACUAUUUGAUGGCUAAACCAGAGUUGGCAUAUCUGCGCAUGAUAAUGACUAGAUGCCAAGUACCUCUGUCGAUGUCGGCACUGGGCGUUUUUCCUCUUAACACAGACACUUUUCAAUCUAUUAUGGUCUCAGCUUAUUCAUACUUCACCAUGCUGAAGAAACUCAAUUAAAAAUUUAGAUUUGGCUUGUAUUAAUUUAGUUGGAUAUUUCAUGCAAUUAAAUUGUAGAUAAGCACCGUA